AUGACAACCUUUACACUGUUUAAACCUCAUGGAAUUGAGGCCAAGUUUGCCUUGAUGCGGUCUCCUAUAGAAGCCGAGGCCUUGGUGGCGACAAUAUUUGCAUUCUCUGCGAGGUUCCAUCCCUCUGACAGGGACCCCAGUCGGAUAACUCAAUGCCCAACACCUUCAUACUUUGCAGCUAUUGCCUCGAGGCGAUUACAAGACGCCUUGGACGCAUAUGAAGACACAACACCUCCCUUGCACCUCCUGCAAGCCACCAUUCUCGAUGUCUUCUACAACAUCUGCAAGAGUAUACGAUCUAAAUCUUGGAGAUAUUUAGGCCAAGCGAUCCGACUUGGCUAUGAUUUGAAAUUACAUCUGCUGGAUAUCCACUCCGAGGACUCGGGUGGCGAGAAGGCAGAGGGCGAUCUGAAGCGAUGGUCAUUGUUGGAGGAACGUCGCAGGGCUUGGUGGGCUCUAUGGGAGAUGGACGUGUUCGCCAGCACAAUUCGCCGACUACCGUUAGCAAUUGACUGGACACAAAAUUUCACAUUCCUUCCAGUCCCAGACGAAUGUUGGUUCGAGGGGGUCUACAAGCAAAGUUGCCUCUUGAUGCCAGACCCAGGUCAACGCUGGAAAAACUUAUCUCGAGUCGCCAACACCAGCGCAAAGGCGUGGUACAUAGUCGUCAACUCCCUCGUGUAUGAUGCGCAGCCACUUGUGUACAGCCCUCUACCAGUGAGUGAAUCGUCAUCAUUCGGAUCCAAGAAGGACAGCCUGGCCAUUAUUGCCAAUGCUCUCUAUUGCACGACAUCCUCAAUGCCCCGGGAGCUCGUCUACGAAGGACAAGCGUUGGACUUCCGUACCAAGGCAUGUCCUCGAGACAUCAACUGUCGACAAUUUCACGCCGACAUUUACUCCAUUUACCUCAUAACCCAGCUUGUGCACUUCAUGAGUGACCAUCACAAUGUUUGCACCAAGAUAGCAGCUGCAGCCCGAGCUCACGCGACUACUGCGUCCAGAUCCAGCGACUCACCAUCGUGGUCCAACUACAUGACGGCUGCCGAAAAUGUCGUCGCCAUCAUCCGCAACAGCUCACACAAUCAUGUAAAAUACGUCAAUCCGCUCUUUACCAACACGUUGUGGUUUGCAGCCGCGUCGCAAAUAGCAUGCAAGGUUGUUGGGCCGUCCAGCCGUGCUGAAGCACUGGCCGCUUCAAACUAUGACCUGCUGGAGCUUACUAUACAGAGGUACACUUCUUUUUGGGGCAGUAAUGACAUCCUGAAGCCGCGAAUAGAUAUGAUAGAGACUGAACUGAGGAACUUGGUGGCCAAGAACCUUCACGGCGCGGCAAACGGGGAGGAGACUUUCGGCACAGAGGACUCGGGCGCUGCUGGAGCAAACUAUGUAGGGACUAACCCGCCGCCCGGUCAGCCUCAAGUCAAUAGCAUGUCAUUUCACGAAGGUGGAUUGGUUGGAGCCCAAGGGGCGUCGACGGACGCCGUUCAGAUGCCCUUUGUGCCGUUGUUUCCGUCGGGGGACGACUCACAUGGUGUAUCGCAGCAAAUGGUGUUUGAUAACUUGGAACACUUUUUGCCGUAUGGCUUGGACGAGCUGUGGAAAUUGUAA